CACAGGCCCCCACCCACAGCUGGCAUUGCAUUGGGAGGCAGAGUCCACCCCAGCCGGGGUUUUAAGGGCUGCCAGCCACCCAGCUGCUCUCCUGGGAAUCCCUGCAGGCGCAGGUGGCAGUGAGGAAAUGGAUGUGACAGCGAAUGAAGAUGUCCCGGUGCACGAUGAGUUUGUGGUCUGCGGCGGAGUUGUGACCCACGUCCUGAAGUGUGGGCCCUGGUCUGACCUCUUCGACACCAAGGAUAGCCCUAAGCUGCUCGUCCUCGUGAUUACAGGUAACCCGGGGAUUCCUGCCUUCUACGCGGGGUUUGUGACGGCUUUAUACCUUAACCUGCAGAAGCGCUACCCAGUGUGGGUCAUAAGCCAUGCUGGCCAUGUUUCAGCCCCGCGUGGUGUCAAGGUGGACGAGGAAGGCCCCGAAGAUCCAAGCCCGAGAAAACUGGAUGAUGCCUUUGGCCUCGAGGGCCAGGUAGAGCACAAGCUCGCCUUCCUGAGAAGGCGCGUGCCGGCAUCGCUGAAGCUGGUGCUCAUCAGCCACUCGGUGGGCAGCUAUGUUCUGCUGGAGAUGAUGAAGAGAGCCCCUCAGCUUCCGGUUCUUCGGUCCCUCCUGCUGUUUCCAACGAUAGAGAAAAUCGCUAAAACGCCCAACGGCCGGGUGGCAACUCCUCUCCUCUGCUGGCUGCGCUACGCCCUUUACGUGCCCAUCUACAUCGGACUCAGCCUGCUCCCAGCGAGAGUCCAGGCCAUCUUGGCCAGUCUGGUUCUUCGGAGGCUGAAAAUAGAGAAUGCAGUCACAUCUCGGCAUGUAAUGAAUUCACUCAACAUGGACUGCAUUGCGAAUAUUCUGUAUCUGGGAAGCCAAGAAAUGAGGAUCAUUUUGGAGAGAGACAACCACACCAUCCAAAAACACUUAAAGAAGCUGACCUUUUACUAUGGAACCUCAGACUUAUGGUGCCCGGUCCAGUUCUAUGAAGAUAUUAAGAAGAAUUUUCCCAGUGGAGACAUUAAGCUCUGUGAGAAAGGCAUCAAACACGCCUUCAUCAUAUCUUCCAACCAGGAAAUGGCCACCAUGAUUGCAGACUGGCUAAAAGAUGACCUGGCCAAAAUCUAGCACAGACAGCGCAGGGCAGGGGGCCGGGGAGCAGGUGUGUGUUGGCAGGAGGCUUGAUCGGGCAGUAGGGAGCUAAGGAAAUCUUCAUUUGGUGAUUCUAGUGGGAGGGAGCUAAUUGAAAAGGAAGGUCGGGCUAAUGAAUCUCAAUAGAAUCAUCCCCCACUUGGGAAUCUGAAACAAAAAAGAAACAGGCGGAAGACUUGAUUUCUCUUGAUUGUCUGGAAGAAACGUUCCGUGAGUAGAUACAGCACCUGCCACGUGGGGUGGGAAGAUGUCUUAAAAUUCAAAGUUAGAAAAUAGAAACCUGUGUGCUCAUAUAAUGAAGGGUGAGGACAGAGCGAAGUCAGAAGGCAUGUUUAGAAGGUGCACCUGCGAGGCCUUUCCAGGUAGCCCAGUCAGACGCUGGGAAGGCAGGCCACCAGGUCCUCCAGGCUCUGUGCCAACAAAGUGAAUGGUCCUUCUAACCGAGGACACUUUGGUGGUCAGUGCUGUUUGACACAUGAGCUCAUCGGAGCCUGAGCACAACACGGAAGAUAUGUGUUGGCAUGGGAUAAGUCCUGGCCUGGCAGGUAGGACCCCGGACUGGGAGACGGCCCUUCCUCCCCCUGAGCCUCAGUCUCCUCACCUGGAAAAGGAAAGGUUAGACCAGGUGAUCUCUAAGACCCUUCCCAGCUCUGACAUCCAGUGGCAGCGAUUCUGUGCGUGGGAACUGAAAGACAACAUGGCAGCCGCUUCCCACGCCUUGUGCCCAGGUUGCCCAAGGUGUUGGCCGGGUCAAGUGGUGCUCAUUUUGCCUCCCCUGAGUAUUAGAGCCUCCAUGAAGGGCAGAGAGCCUAGAGAGGCCUCAGAAGACCUGCCUCAGCCCCUUGUCCAGAAAACAAGCCGAGAGCUAAGCUGUGACUCCCCAACCACCCCCACAGCUGGGGCAUGAGAACCCCUUGUCUCCUGAAGUCUGUUUUCUGUCUGUGUAAAUGCAGGGCCCCUAGGUCUACAUGAAAUGAGGCCUCCAUCGGGAUCGGGCCUGGGGUGCGUGGGCCCAGGCUCAGACUCAGUCUGUGGUUUGGGCCCCCACGCCCACCAAGGGACCACAGCAAUCAUGGCCAUCCUGGAGGAACUUUUGUACUCACCAAAUGACACAAGAAGGAGUUCCAGGAUGUUGUGGGGCCAGUCUCCUUUUGGCCUUGACUUCAUGGUGCAGUUUUAGCAUGCUUGAUUAAAAACUGAGAAAUGCUUCCAGAUCACCGUUAAUAAAUCCAUCGCAUUUUGAAA